ACUGGCCAACUAAGCAAUGAGUAGAUGAAUUUGUGACAGUGGUUAAAUGUGGAAUUUUUAGCAUAUCCAGCAAGAGACUCUGAAGUCGAUAAAAGAGCCGAGCGACUUAGCUCAGAAAACACCAUAUGUUACCGUGGAGGCUGGGAAUAAUUUUACGUUACUAUACUAAGUGUGCAGCUUCCCGCCAAAAGAUAGUCGUCUUGAAAACAAGAAACUCGCGAUUGUGACAGAAUUGCGUGCAACAACCUCUUUAGUAAGGAUUAUUCACUAUGAUCUGAUAAAAAGAAUAUUAUGUCUCCCGACUAUUGUGUGCGUUUCAAAUACUUCCAAAAUCUCGAAUCGUCUGGAAAAUUUAGCGCCUUCACUUCAAAUUCCAAUCCUGGCUGAGAUUCAUAAUUUUUUUUUUUAUGGAAUUCCUUUAAAACUUGUCCUGCGAAUCGGGCACUUGCUGAUGACCUGAUUGUUAUUAGUGUCACAUUUUGUUAUUUCCUUCUCCAAGCUGACAACCUCCGCCGUCUGAUGAACUAGCACCGUGGCUCAGCGAACACGUUUGUUUUACGAUUACUUGUGGAUAAAAGAUUGUCGUUCCCAUUUUAAUCAGAGUAUUACCCAAUACGCCCUGGACGCAUCAAAUAUGAUAACUAUGCUAAACAAAUAGCAGCGGAAUGCAUAACAAAUAAUCAGGAAAAAGAAACGAAUAUUUGCUCUAAUUGCAGAUGUCUAUCACGGUGACAGCACGCAAGCGCGCUAGUGAUUCUGGUGUUACAGUGAAAUAUACACCUUGUGCAAAAGCAGAUGACCAUACAGACGAAGAAAACGUGGAAGAGGAAUUAGCUGUUGAUAACAAAGAGAAAAAACCGUUACCGAACGAUGAACACAAAAACGAAAAGAUGGCAAACCAGACUGCAAAUGGACCACGCCAUCUUCCAUCAAACUCUGCUGUCUUUAAUUCCUCCGCCCCUCAUUCUCGGUGGCGGAUCGUGGGGGAUCGAAUGAGCUCCUCUAGCCUGACCGGAAGAAUCAGUUUGUCUUCGCCAGCCUAUUCUAAUAGAACUGUAGAGCAGAAAUCACGGUCUACGUCCAAAAACAGUCUACUUGAUCUUUUCGGCACGCGAUUAGACAGGAAGACUCGUUCAAAAAGUUUCGCUGCUCGCGGUGAUCUACAACUGCUGAAAAAAGUUCGCUCAGGGGAAAUAAUUACACCGCGGGAACUACGGAAACAGCGGAAGAAAGAUAUAGAAGAAAAAUUCGGCAAAAAGAGCCAUCGAACGGAUAAAUUCGAGACUCUUACUAAUUCAUCCGAUCGUGACGGAUGUAACUGGACGUUUGUGUUUGACCCUUCCGGUCGUCUUGCCUAUUGGUGGUCCUCCAUCGUCAGUAUUGCGUUUCUUUACAAUUUUUGGGUGAUAAUUUACCGAUUUGCUUUUCGUGAAGUAGACAGUGACAGUUUGGCGAUGUGGUUCACGCUUGAUUACACAGCUGAUCUUCUUUAUAUUUUGGAUGUAGCCUUCCACUUCCGGACAGGGUAUCUGGAAGACGGUGUGUUACAGACAGACACGACUAAACUCCGUUUACAUUACACAAAUAGUACUAUCUUUUACAUUGAUUGUUUAUGUCUGUUACCGUUAGAUUUUCUUUAUCUCUCCAUUGGAAUUUGCUCAAUUUUACGUUGUUUUCGACUUGUUAAGGUUUAUAGAUUCUGGACAUUUUUAGACAGAACUGAACGUCAUACUAAUUAUCCAAACCUCAUGAGGACGGCAACGUUAAUGCAUUACUUGUUGGCUCUGUUUCAUUGGAACGCUUGUUUGUAUUCUAUUGUUGCAACGAAACUUGACCCAGAUUCCAAAACAUGGGAGAUUCCGAAAGAUUCAGAUGACGUAUUUAGGACUUAUUUGCAAGGGCUAUACUGGAGCACCUUAACACUGACUACGAUUGGUAAUUUGCCAAAUCCGGCAACCAAUCAGCAGUACGUUUUCAUAAUAUUUGAAAUGAUAUUUGGGCUUCUUCUUUUUGCCACCGUUUUGGGACAUAUUGCCAAUAUUGUUACCAACAUCAGUGCUGCCAGAAAAGACUUCCAAGGAAAAUUGGAUGGGGUUAAGACGUAUAUGUCACUAAGACGGGUACCCAUCCGCCUCCAGGACCGGGUCAUAAAAUGGUUUGAUUACCUAUGGUACUGCAACAAAUCGACGGACGAAGAGAAAACUUUGGCCCUUCUGCCGGACAAACUCAAAGCGGAAAUCGCCAUACACGUGCAUCUAGACACUCUAAAACGAGUGGAGAUCUUCCAGAACACGGAUGCCGGCUUUUUGUGUGAACUGGUGCUGCGCCUUAAACCCGUGCUCUUCUCUCCUGGGGAUUAUAUAUGCAGGAAAGGUGAGGUCGGCAAGGAAAUGUACAUAGUCAACAGAGGGAGGCUGCACGUGGUCGCCGACAACGGGAAAACGGUGCUUGCUACUCUAAAACCCGGAAGUUAUUUCGGGGAAAUCAGCAUUCUUAACAUGGGCACUUCUGGUAACAGACGGACGGCUUCGGUUCGUUCUGUUGGAUAUUCGGAUUUAUUCCGACUCUCAAAACAAGAUCUCUGGGAUGUUUUAAAAGAAUAUCCAGCAGCUAGGGUGAAACUUGAAGCAAUAGCUGUUAAAAGGCUAGAGAAAACUAAAAAGAUCCCGAUUGAAAAAGCGUUGGCAAGAAGCAAGAGCACCCCGGGACUUGUAGAAUCAUCCGGGAAAAUUCCAUUAGAAGCAAUGAUGAUAACUCGUCACCACACUCUUCCGGCUGGUCUUCCAAAACAGUCAUCCUCAAGCGGUGAUGAAGGGACUCAAGAUGAAAAUUCCUCAGAAACGGGUGAAAAUGCUCACGCUGAAAUUACUGCUGAACAGAACUCAAUACAGAUUGAAAAUUGUGACGUCACCAACGUGGGGACGAUGACGUCCUAUACGGGAGGCACAACACCUACCCAGCCCAUUGGACACCAAGGUUAUAGUCCUCCGAUCUCACCCAGAAGUCUGUGCCAAACUCCAAACAUACCGACCAUCAGUGCGGCAACGCCUAUUCUUAGUAACGCCGGCGGAAGUCCCGCUCAGUUAUCGCCCCUGAGUUUUACGUACACUCAUACAUAUCCGUUUCAAAACCAUCCUCAACAAAUGAAUUUUUUGUCUCCAUAUUGUGUGUCAAAUACAAUGAAUCCUCUGUCUUCGCCUAGUCUUGCCACAAGUAGGUCAGAUAACCUUUCAUCCUCUCACAUAAACUUGUCCCCACAAAAUCACCCUCAGCCUACUCUAGUUCCCGUAUCCCCUGGGUAUAACAUAUCGAACUAUGGCUCUGUGAGUCCACAGAGUUUUUCAUACGAUACACCCAAUGACAUUUUACUCAAAGAAAUCAACACGCUCCGAGAACGUUUGGUUUCAUUGGAAACAGAAAACGCUUCCAUGACCGCCAAACUGCACAGACAGCAAUGGGACGUGGAACACAGACUUUCUGAACUGGAACUCCACAUGUGUCAGAGUUCGAGUCAGGCGAGUACGUCGAGUCAUGAGGAGCGAUUCGAACCAGUCAACAGAGAAUCCAUCAUUUAAUGCGAAAAUUACACUGUCAUGCCAAAUUCUUGAAUUCGACGAUCUUCCUUAAAGUAACACUUUAAAGAAGGUGCUUCGGGUUCGGAAGACAAUUGUCAAUUUCUAUUAUUUCACAUGAUGGAGACGGCAUCCAAAGAAACAAGAAAUAUCCCACAUAAUGGCUUUCUUAAGUGAGGCUUCUUGUAUUCCUUGUGACAGUUCAGAAAAUGUGUUCGAUUAUAUAUCAAGCAUUGUAGACUUCAGAGUUUUAUGUAGCUCAUCAUACUUAUAUUUUAACGUUCAGGGAGUUUGAUCAUUAACAUGUUUAUUUUUUUCUUAUGUUGGAACAACUUGUAGAUGUUCAAAGAUUUUUUUAGUCGCUUGUUAAGGAGAGCAACACGUAGGGAUCACUUCGCCAUCGUUGUCUUCUCGUAUGGCCGUAUGUCACAUCUUGUAUCUUUUGAUCCGCGAAGUAGGAAUUUUAUGUUUGUAAGAAUAUCUUAUUUUCAAUUGUAGAAUUUAUAUACAAACCGAAUUUUCUCAGAAAAUCACACUGAAGGUUUUAUAAUAUUUAAAGUUGCUAUCGCAGGAAACCAAAUUGUAUUCCCUGGAACCGUCAUAUUUAAUUUCCACGACGCAUGCAUUGUUUAUGUUUUUGUUUCCAAACGGUGUAGUGAAGCCAAAAUAUUAUAUUUUAGUAUCUCUGUACACCCUGGCUUUUCGUAUGGAAAAUUCUUUAUAAUGUUCUUAUAUUUCUCAGGUUGACUCUGUUUAAGUUGAGGAUGUAUUGACUUAUCUCUGUUUAAGUUGAGGAUGUAUUGACUGAACUCUCUUUAAGUUGAGGAUGUACUGUAGUAUUUACUUGACUCUCUUUAAGUUGAGGAUGUACUUGUAUUCGAUCACAUGACUCUCUUUAAGUUGAGGCUUGUAUUGAUAGCCAUUUACCGAGCUUCAUUUGUUUAUAUUAACAUUCCUUUCAUUGUAAUUUUAUACAUUCCAUUUCUGUUGACCAGUUGAAUAAGAUGUUAUUGAAAAACAUGAAUGAUUUUAAUCAUGAUUUUUCCUCCACCAUUUCUCUUAGGUGAAUUCUUGCCAUAAAAAAGGGGGGGCUCUCUUUUUUUUUUUUUUUUGAGUGGACUUGGACUUCUUUUGGCAAUUUAAUUUAUCUUAGUAUUUAUGAAGAUAUAUAUUCUGUUAUACAUGUAUAAGUUGUAUUCUUUGAAAUUACCUUUUUGAAAAUGUUUUAUUUUAUCGAAUUCUUUAGAAUGUUUGGGACCAAUAAAAUUAUUGUUCACUGACAGUUAUAAGAA